UGUACCUUUAGGCACAAUUUUUCCAUGACGUAUGAGUACCGGUCUCGUAUCCACUUUCUUUUCACUUCUGUCAAUAAAAAUCUGACGUUUGCCAUGUGAUAGCCAAAAUAAUAUUAAAUCUCGAAGAAUUACAUGUAGAAUUUUAAUGAUUAGUACACUUUAAGAAUGGGAACAAACAUACCCUCAGAUAACCUCUGUGAUGUUAUUGCGGUAAGAUACCGCUUUGUAUGCGAAUUAAUUGAUGGCCUUCCAAAACUGUCCUUUGUGUCACACCAAGUUCAGGAAUGCGAAAUUGAAAAGCCAGAGGAUACGGAAACACCGGAGGUCGAUGCCAACAAUGCCGCAAUUUUUGAAGAUAAUGUCAAGUAUUUACGGAGCUUAGACCCUAAAGAAUGGAAGAAACAAGAUCAUUACCGCGUUUUGGGCAUAAAAAAUCUUCGUUUUGACGCAUCUGAUGAUAUAAUUAGGACAGCUUACAGAAAAAUGGUACUUAAGCAUCACCCCGACAAACGCAAGGCAUUAGGGGAGGAAAUUAGGCCGGAUGAUGAUUAUUUUACGUGUAUAACUAUGGCGUACGAAACGUUAGGAACAUUAAGUAGGAGACGAGCAUAUGAUUCUGUUGAUCCCGAAUUUGAUGAUACCUUACCAUCUGGGUCAGAGUUAAAGCAAGAUUUCUAUAAGGUUUUCGGUUAUUACUUCGAUCUUAAUUCGCGUUGGUCCGAAAGACAACCUGUGUUCAAAUUAGGCGACUCAAAUUCAACUAGAGAGUAUGUGGAUAAAUUUUACUCAUUUUGGUAUGACUUUAAAUCGUGGCGCGAGUAUUCUUAUGAGGACGAGGAGGAUAAGGAGAAGUGUCAGGAUCGGGAUGAACGAAGAAUGUGUGAGAAAAUAAAUAGGGCAGAAAGGCAACGAAAGAAAAAGGAAGAGAUGGCUAGAAUACGUAGUUUGGUAGACUUGGCUUAUGGUGCCGACCCUCGAAUUGCCAAGUUUAAGCAGGAGGACAAAGAAAGAAAAUUGGCAGCUAAGCGAGCGAAGCAGUCUGCUGCCCAAGCGAAAAAGGAGGAGGAAGAGCGUAUUCAGAGAGAAGUGGAGCUGGCCAAAGAGAAGGCGGACGCGGCGGAGCGUGCUAAAUUGGAGCAAAUUCGCCAAGAACGUGAGGCGCAGAAGAGGGCUAUUAAGAAAGAGAAGAAAAUGUUCAGAGAUGCAUGCAAGAGUAAUAAUUACUACGCUAAAGACGAUAACGAGAGAUUAAUUCACAUGCAGGCGGUGGAUCAGAUCUGUGAAAUGCUCAACUUAACCGAAUUAGAAGAAUUGAACAAGAAAUUGCAAAAUAACGGCCAUAAUUCCUUUUUGAAAAUGAAAAACCAGUGCCAAGCAAGAGCUGAAGCAGACCGACGAGCAGCAAUGGAGUCCAUGUCCCAAAAAACUAAUGACGCCAUCAAAAACAUGAAAAACAAUGUCAAAAUAAAAACAGAAUGGUCUCAAGACAAUGUUCAGCUACUCAUAAAGGCCGUUAAUCUCUUCCCAGCCGGUACGAACCAAAGGUGGGAGGUUGUGGCCAACUUCAUCAACCAACACGGCUCAUUCCCCGACAACGUGAUGAAGUACAACUCCAAAGACGUGCUCGCAAAAGCGAAAGAUCUACAAAACACCGACUUCUCCAAGAGCGAUCUCAAGGAGGCCGCCAACAAGCAAGCCUUCAACAACUUCGAGAAGGACAAACGUUCAAUACAGACGGUUGACGAGUCGGAGAUUAGUAAAAAGACCGAUGAGGCGGAGGUAAAGAGGCCAGUCAAAUUGAAAACUGUCGAGAACGGAUUGGGGACCGAGCAGGUGUGGACAGCGACCGAGCAGCAACUUUUGGAGCAGGCGCUCAAGACGUUUCCCGCAACAACAGGGGACCGGUGGGACCGGAUUGCGGAGUGCAUUCCUAAUCGUUCCAAGAAGGAUUGUAUGAAGCGUUAUAAAGAGUUAGUGGAAAUAAUAAAGGCGAAAAAGGCCGCACAGGCUGCAGUAGCUUCCAAAUAACUAUUUAUAAGUUUGUAAUUUAUGAAAUUUUACAUUUUCUUGAUUUUCAUGAUGUGUAUGUAAGUAAGUGUAAUUAGAAACAUACUUAACUGGUGAAAUCAUUGUAAAACGCAGGUAGACACCAUUUUGAAAAGUAUUUGACUGAAUGUAAAUUCUUCGAGCUAUUUUCUCUAUUAAAAUAGUUGCGCCUUGAAAA